AUGGAACAACUGCAGGAUCCUGUUAUGCAAGAAGAUGCAAAUAUUACAGCUAUUAAUGAAGAGUACAGGAAAGCCUUUAUUUUUAUCAAUAAAGGACUGAAUACAGAUGAACUGGGUCAGAAGGAGGAGGCAAGAACCUAUUAUAAGCAAGGACUUGACCACUUGCUCCGAGGAAUCAGCAUUCCGUCACAGGGUCCUGCAUGCCUAGGGUCCCAGUGGGAGUCUGCUAGACAAAUGCAACAGAAGAUGAGGGAGACCCUUCAAAAUGUUCACACUCGACUUGGCAUUCUAGAACAAAACACCACACCUGUACAAGCAAGUCCUGCCAUGAUGGAUGCCCCUGCUGGGGUGCCCAGGUUGUACCCAUCCAUUCCUUCCAAAGAAAAGCCAGAAAGACCCCCUGCCCCUAAUUCUCUGCUUGUACCAAGUCAGCCACCUGCAGCAGAUGGAAGUGUUGCAUCUGUGAGCCCAGGGCAAAUUCCAGCUACGAGUCCAUCUGCAAAACCUUUUUGCCUGCCAAAUGAAGCACCUCCUGCCUAUACUCCUCAAGCUACCAAUGGCCAUUUUACUGUGUCCUAUGGCACAGACUCUGGGGAGUUUUCUUCUGUAAGUGAGGACUACUAUAGCAAGUGUACUCAGCCACCUCCCCUUGAAAACCUCGGAGUGGAUGCAGAUGAGCUGAUCUUGAUUUCCCAGGGAGUACAGAUAUUCUUUGUGACUCCUGAUGGGCAGGUUAGUGCUCCUUCAUAUCCUGGAUAUCUACGCAUUGUGAAGUUCUUGGAUACAGAUGGCGAGACGGCCCAGAAUCGUCCAUCUGCAUUUCUUCAGGUCUGUGACUGGUUGUAUCCUCUAAUGGAUAACCAGUCUCCUGUUCUCUGCUGCAAUACUGGAGUCUACAUGUUCCCUGACACGAUGUCCCAGGUACCGGGGUCCUACGUGGGACUAGUCGUGUCUUCAGAACUUCCAGCAGCUGACAGAGAGCUGUUUGAGGAUCUCUUAAAACAGAUGUCUGACCUUCGAAUCCAGGUGCCAGGAUCCCAUGAGAGAGUAGGGUUAUCUUCAGAGCUCCCAGCAACUGAGAGAGUGCAUUUUGAAGAUAAAUUUAAACAGAUGUCUGGCCACAAAGUCCAGCCUUCAGACGGCUCUAGUGAUGCAAUUAACUUGUCUCAGACUGUACGGAUUGAACCACAACCUGAAGGAGCAGAAAAUCGAAAAGAGUUGCCAGAAUGGAGUGAGAAAGUUGCCCAUGGAAUCUUGUCAGGUGCAUCUUGGGUAAGCUGGGGCCUAAUAAAAGGAGCAGAAUAUACUGGUAAAGCUAUACACAAAGGAGCUUCUAAACUGCGAGAACACAUCCAACCAGAAGAAAAACCUCUGGAAGUCAACCCAACUGUAGCAAAGGGGCUUCAUGUAGCAAAACAGGCUACUGGAGGAGCUGUGAAAGUCAGCCAAUUCUUAGUGGAGGGAGUCUGUUCUAUAGCAAGCUGUGUUGGGAAGGAGCUGGCUCCACACGUGAAGAAGCAUGGCAGCAAAUUAGUUCCAGAGUCUCUCAAGAAAGAUAAGGAUGGCAGAUCCACUCUGGAUGGUGCUCUGGUGGUAGCAGCAAGUGGAGUUCAAGGAUUUUCAACAGUGUGGCAAGGUUUAGAAAGUGCAGCGAAGUGCAUUGCUAAAAGCGUUUCAACUGAGACUGUAAAAACUGUCAAAUACAAGUAA